AUGCCCCCGGAGACGACUGGACGGCCACUGCUGCCUCAAACGGCGCAAAUGCAGAGCUUCACUUUUGCGCCGCCGACGCUGGCGCCGCGCGAGAACCAGCGCAACUAUGUAUUCGUAGAUGAGCACAAUAGACACAAGCGCUUGAAAGGUGUGCCUCCAUCUCCGGUUGGCUUGCUGCCGAGCAUCCUCAAUUGCGUACCGCCUACUGUCAGCUAUGACAAGGACUACAACGGUACGCAGACGUUUGAUCUGGAGCCAAAACCCUUGGACUACACUUCAGAUGGUUCUCCACAACACGACUACCAACGCCAUCAUUCCAUGGCACAGGGCAUGCCGCACCAAAUGCCGCCAUCCAUGCCUACAUCUGCCCAGGGCAUGUACCAGUCCUCGCCCUAUGUGGAUCAACAGCCGCAAGAUUCAUGCCACUACCAGCCAAUGUCGCAACCUCAGGUCGUCCAGCAAACAAUGGGCUAUGCUCCCCAACAGGGAUAUUCUCAAGGAUCAGUACCAACACCUGCAAUCAUGACCCCGCCCGAGUCGGAGCCCCACUGGCGAAGCGAUUCCGUGUCCAGCCUCUCUGAAGCUUUGGGUGAACUCAAAAUUGAUCAUACCGCCAUUGCCCCCUAUAUCACGAACAUGAAAAAGACGCUGGCCGAAACACCAGCCCAGGAAGAGUACGAAGUCGUGUUGCCGCAUUCUGUCAGCCUGGAUCACACGGUUCGCAUACCGCCCGAGAUGAUGCCUCCGGACGAUCAAGCACUCCAUUAUUUCGAGUACUUUUUCGCAAACGUUCAUCCCUACUGCCCGGUUAUUAACAAGGCGUACUUCUACCAACAAUGGCAUAGUGCGCCUGAUUCCAUCUCCCCACUUAUGCUCGAAUCCAUCUUCGCCUGCUCAACGUUGAUGUUGGGAGAUAUAGAAGAGGGAAACAACACGAAGAGAGCUUUCAAAGAUGUGUCGCGUCUCAGCACGAUGCAGGCAAUGAUCCUCCUGCUCAAAGCCCGCGAAGCCUCGCCGAAGCGAGGAUACUUCUGGCGCUCUUGGAUGUCAACAGUCAGUCUUGUAGCAAUGGCAAAAGACUUGGAACUCCACGAACAUUAUGACACGCAUCAAAUGGGAAAGUCCUGUGGCUCUACGUCGCAUGACUGCAUUGCCAAGACAAGAGUGUGGCAGAUGUGCAUGAUUUUUGAAGUCAUGAUUGGGGGUCCUCAGGGACGUUACGAUUUUGGUGUCUCAUCCGAAACCGUGGACCUUGAAAUGCCUAGGCACAUUGCAGGACAGGAUCCUGGCGAGCUUCAAAUUGCGCGCCAAUUCAUUCAGUACGCCCGCAUUGCCAAGAAUGUCCACCAUUCGGCCCUGAUCUUCGGCAAACUGAGGAAAAAGACACCGGACUGGGCGCUUGACCCUGCUUUUGUUGCGCACAACACCGACUUCUCCCUCUGGCUACGGGAGCUACCUGAAGACAUGCAAAUUGUCUAUCCCCAGGACGGCUCUCCUCCGUGGAUCCCAUCCCAUCAGAUCGCCAACAUGCAUAGCUAUCACUGCUUGGCUAUCAUCAUGCACUUCAGACCGCAAGUACAUGCAGUGUCGGACUCAUAUGACGGCAUAUGGAAGCAACAUAUGCUAACAUGUUACGCGGCCGCCAAGAAUCUAUGCAAGCUUCAAGAAGCCAUCUUGAAGACAUGCGGUAUGCCUGGGAUGCUUUGCCAGAUGCGAGGCAUCAGCUUCCAUGUCUAUGCUGUGCUCACGUGCACUAUGCUUCAUCUCGUUGCCGUAACAUGCCCUGAUCCCGAUAUCAACCACGAUGCCAGAGACUUCUUUGUACGACACGUGCGCAUUCUGGAAACAAUGUCUCCCCACUUUCCGAUGCCUGAGAUGCAGCAACAAGUGAACAGUCUUCGUCAAGCUUUCUCGGCUGAUUGCACGAAGCCCUUUGAACUGAAGCCGACAUUCCCGUUUGGAAGUCCUCAGGUGGCCCCGCAAACAAGUCCCAUGAGCCAGCACGGCUCUUACCGUCCUCGCCAUCCGAGCCACCCUUCGCCAUUGGAACAACCAGGUCAGGUCAACUACCAUGCACAUCCCAUUACUCCACCAAUCUCGGCAUCCGACCGGGGAUCAAAGGCUGACUCUCCCCCAAAUUCCAGCAUGCAGCUGCCAGACAAUACGCAAUGGAACCCGCAGCGCAUAUUUGAUCAAUGGAAUGUUGCCUUUGGUACGCCCCCUCCUACUAGCGCCUCCUCUCAAUCGUCUCCGCCGCUAAGACCCAAUCCUUCAGGCAACGACUACGACUUGCGGCCGGCCCAGGGCGGUAUGCAAACGAACUAUCAGAUGUCCAACACAUCGCCUUCGCCCAGCAAUGUCCACGCACCACCAGGCCAAAUGCUGCCUUCGUCGACAUACGCAAACGCCGCGCCGGUUUACGUUACACCUACAAUGUGGCAGGAAGCAGUUGCCAGCUCUCUACCAGACGGACUGAAGCGCAGAUGGGACGGCAAUGCUGCCAUGGCGGACCAAUCAAUGUACAAGCGGGCACGUUGA